AUGGGAGGAGCAGUGGUGGAUGAUGGGCCUACUGGAGUGAAGGCACCCGAUGGGGGAUGGGGUUGGGCGGUGUUGGCUGGCUGCUUCGUCAUCACAGGCUUCUCCUACGCUUUUCCCAAGGCUGUCAGCGUCUUCUUCAAGGAGCUGAUCAGGGAGUUUAAUGUUGGCUACAGUGACACUGCCUGGAUAUCAUCAAUACUCCUUGCCAUGCUAUAUGGCACAGGCCCUGUGUGCAGUGUGCUGGUGAACAGGUAUGGCUGUCGACCGGUGAUGAUGGUAGGAGGGCUCUUUGCCUCACUGGGAAUGAUUCUGGCCUCCACUGCCACCAGCAUAAUAUACAUCUACCUCUGUACUGUUAUUACAGGUCUGGGUUUGGCAUUGAACUUCCAGCCAUCCCUGGUAAUGCUCAAUCGCUACUUCAGUGAGAAACGUCCACUAGCCAAUGGCUUGGCGGCAGCUGGCAGCCCUGUGGCACUGUGCUGCCUCUCCCCACUGGGACAGAUUCUUCAGUACCAUUAUGGUUGGAGAGGGGGGUUCCUCAUACUGGGAGGCAUACUGCUCAACUGUUGUGCAUGUGGUGCCCUCAUGAGGCCUCUCUCUCCCCCUAAGCAGUCUCAGGAGCAGGAGGAGGGUGCUCUCACAGUGGAAGAGAAGCCCCACCCAAAGAAGAAACUUUUAGACUUCAGUGUAUUCAAGGACAGAGGUUUUCUCAUCUAUACCGUUGCAGCAUCGAUUAUGGUGCUGGGCUUGUUUGUGCCCCCUGUGUUUGUGGUCAGCUAUGCUAAAGCGCUCGGCUAUGAGGACACAACCUCGGCAUUGCUGCUCACCAUCUUGGGAUUUGUUGAUAUGUUUGCUCGACCUCUGUCAGGACUCAUAGCAGGCAUGAAGUGUGUACGCCCAAAAAGUGUCUACCUGUUUAGCUUUGCUAUGAUCUUCAAUGGAUGCACUGACCUCAUAGGAUCACAGGCAAACAACUAUGCAGGUCUGGUGGUCUUUUGUGCCUUUUUCGGUAUGUCAUAUGGCAUGGUGGGAGCGCUACAGUUCGAGGUCCUCAUGGCUAUCGUAGGAACGGAGAAGUUCUCCAGUGCCAUUGGCCUGGUGCUGCUGAUGGAAGCUAUUGCUGUUCUAGUGGGCCCUCCUGGAGCAGGUCGCCUCUUGGAUGCCACCCAUCAGUACAUGUACGUCUUCCUGUUGGCAGGCUGUGAGGUCACACUGUCAGCCUUUGUCAUCGCCCUGGGUAACUUCUUUUGUAUCAGAAAGAAACAGGAUGACCCAAAGGCUAAGAUGGAGAUGGCUGUGACUGCUACAGAGAGGGAGGGGCUGAACCAUGGGGUGGAGGGUGAGGAAGAUGGUGGAGGUGAAGAGGAGCCAAGGGGAAAAGAGAACGGAAAAGCCAGUGCAUUGAAAACUGGGGAGGUGAUAAUAGUGGAGGAGGAGGAUAGAGAGGAUAACACUGAGACAUCAUUAUGA